AAACCCUAGAGAACCCUACUUUUUUUCCUCUCCACAAGUCUGAACAAGAAAGAUGGCCAUGGCAGGUCCAAGAAGAACUAAGAUCGAGAAGAUCGAGCAUCUGAGUAGCAGGCAAGUCACCUUCUCCAAACGCCGCAAGGGGUUGUUCAACAAGGCUGAAGAUUUUUCACUUCGAUGUGGCGCAGAGAUUGCAGUCAUAGUUUUCUCCAACACCAAAAAGAUGUACGAGUUCUCAAGCACCAGCAUGGAGCACAUUCUUUCAAGAUACAUCAAGGAGCGUGCCGCCGGCUCUUUGAUGGAGUCUCCAGAUAAUAAGAGCCAACAUGAGCCGAGUUCAUCAUCCGAUAAUUUGAGUGCAAUAGGGCUACUGCAGGAAGAAAUUAGAGCCCUAAACUUGGAUUGCUCGAGGUUGACGGGUACGGCGUUGGAUGGCAUGAGUUUGAGAGAGCUGAAUGAGCUAGAGAAACAAAUAAGGGAAGGGAUCGAAUCAGUUGAGAAAAGGAAGAAUGAAGUGCAAAACUACUACCAGCCCCCGUAUAUGCUUGAAGAUUCGAACCGUUUGGAUGGGAAUAAUAGCAAUUUUUUCUCUGGUACAAGCUCAAGUGCCGUUUCAGGUUGUACUGAAUCAGAGCAAAGUAAACAGUUUGUAGAUACUAGUUUGCACUUGUGAUUGUCAUCAACAAAUUGCUCGUACACAGCAAGAGGAUAUCAUACCCAUGUCUUUCCAAUUUGAAAGUUUUUCUUUUUAGUUUUUUAUGGCCUAGCUUUGUGUCUCUUGUUUCCUUCUUAAUUCUUGUUUCGACUAGCUAGUUAAUGUACUCUUCAAUUAUAUGUAAACAUGCUAACCUCUUAAACAUGGUGCACAUUCGA